UCUCGUAGUCGAUGAAGUAGAGUCUACUCUAAAUACAGAUUGGAUACAGACUUAAAACGAUCUAACAUUUCCAGUUUGUCGAGAAGUUAAUUCAGCAUUUUAAUGGAUACCCAUGUGUGAUAAAUGUACGCAUUUGAUUGUAUGCUUUGUCUGAUUUACAGUUUUUCCAUAUAGCCGAUCUAUGCUGAAUGGAUAUACAGUCAUGCAGCGAUCAUUAAUUAUAGUGGUGGUAAAAAAGCGUCGAUGAAAUCGGCCACUGUCAAUAAAUAAAUGGAGACUGCGAGGACUUCUAUGAGAAUGGGUAACAAGUGUUCUAUAAAGAGGCUGAUACGAGGUUGACUUCAUUCAGUGGAAACUUCAGAAGGAGAGGAGGACCAAGGUGCAGCGUGAUUUGGGGAACAUGAAGUUGUCUUCAGUCAGAAUGGGAGUCGUCAAGGUCAUGUUGCUCAUCUUUUUGGCCAUUCUGUUGUCUGACUGUGCAAGGGGACCUCCGCGGGUGGCUGAGAGGGUGGCCCAUAGACAGUCAGUGCACCUGGGGAGUUCCAUCAAGCUGCCAUGCCCUGUUGAAGGAGACCCGCCACCCCUCAUCAUGUGGACCAAAGACGGCCGCAACAUCCACAGCGGCUGGACCCGCUUCCGCAUCCUCCGCCUGGGCCUGAAGAUCAAGGAAGUGGAGGUUGAGGAUGCUGGAACAUACAUCUGCAAAGCCACCAACGGCUUUGGCAGCGUCAGCAUCAACUAUACCCUCAUUGUCAUUGAUGACUCUGGUGCUGAUAAGACUGGGCCAGGGGUCCCUGGUGGGGUGGAGUCAGAGUAUGACCCUGACCACCUAUCAGGAAAACUAGUGCGUCCCCGCUUCACACAGCCUGCUAAAAUGAGGAAACGGGUGAUCGCCCGCCCAGUGGGGAGCUCUGUGCGGCUGAAGUGUACAGCCAGCGGUAACCCUCGGCCAGACCUUGUGUGGCUGAAGGACGACAGGCCGCUGACGGAGCGCGAGGUUGGCGAGGGGCGCCAGAAGAAGUGGACUCUGAGCCUGAGGAACCUGACCCCGGAGAACAGCGGCAGGUACACCUGCAGAAUCUCCAACCAAGCCGGGGAGAUCAACGCCACCUACAAAGUGGAGGUCAUACGGCGGACCAACUCCAAACCCAUCUUGACGGGCACUCACCCGGUCAACACCACAGUGGACUAUGGGGGGACUACCGCAUUCCAGUGCAAAGUGAGGAGCGAUGUCAAACCAGUCAUCCAGUGGCUCAAGCGUGUGGAGUCCAACGAGGAGAGUCGGUACAACUCCACCAUCGAGGUGGGCGACCAUCGCUUCAUGGUGCUGCCAACGGGAGAGGUGUGGUCACGCCCUGACGGCUCCUACCUCAACAAGCUGCUCAUCACCCGCGCCAAGGAGGAGGACUCUGGCAUGUACAUCUGUCUGGGUGCCAACACCAUGGGCUACAGUUUCCGCAGUGCUUUCCUCACCGUGCUGCCAGACACCAAGCCACCCAUCCCCCCGAUGUUCACCCCAGCCUCCAGCACCCUACCCUGGCCUGUCAUCAUCGGCAUCCCUGCUAGCAUGGUGUUCAUCUUCGGUACAGUGCUGCUGUGGUUCUGCCAGAGUAAGAAGCACUGUUCCCCUCCCAGCACUCCGGCUGCGGCUGCCCAGGUCCUGCAGGCCUCCCACCGGCUGCCCUACCAGGAGAGGGACAGGAGCUGUGUGGCCCACUUCUCCACUUCCUCCAGCCCAGAGAAGGACUGCCUGGGCUCCAUAAACUAUGAGGAGUAUCUGGCUCAGCAGCAGCUUCUCCUCACUCAGGGGGGCUCUGCCCUACCCCCCAAAACCUACCCAGACAUCCACACUCACAUCCACUCCCACGUGGACGGGAAGGUGCACCAGCACAUUCACUUUCAGUGUUAGCCAUGUGCCAAAUAAAAUAUAAUAAUAUAUGCCAUUUAGCAGAAGCUUUUAGCCAAAGCAACUUAUAGUCAUGUGUGUAUACAUUUUAAGUAUGGGUGGUCCCAGGAAAUAAACCCACUAUCCUGAUGUAGCAAGAAACAUGCUCUACCAACUGAGCUACAGAGGACCAAAUGUAAUGUUGUCCCCUUCUCUGUGCCUCUGAAGAAUGGCAUCGUACAGUGAGGGUCUGAGCUGUGGACUGAACCUCAGAGAACAGCUCUCUGGUUGUACCUGCAUACUUGCCUGGUCCUUGGUGCUACUUGUUUCAUAUCAACACCACUAAAAGACAUCAAACCCCGAUGUGCACUUUGUACACAAAUCCCCAAGGGAUUCUGCAAUGUGUUAACGGCUAUUCAGACUUACUAAGAAGGCUAUGGGUCGUUCCACCAAUUUAGUGCCUUUUGAGAAGUAUUUUUUUACAUUUAAUUUUACAUUCUGUCAUAAAGAUCACAUGUUCGACAUCAUAAAAAAAGUUUUCCCAUCUCGAAAGUUAAAGGUAGAAUUCUUAGUUGCUACAUCCAUUUUUGGAGUUUUAAAUGAAUGAUAUACACUGCACAAAACAUUAAGAACACGUGCUCUUUCCAUGACUAACCAGGUGAAAGGUAUGAUUCCUUAUUAAAUUCCUGUUAAAUUCACUUCAAUCAGCGUAGGUGAAGGGGAGACAGGUUAAAGAAGGGUUUUUAAGCCUUGAGACA